AUGGAGGUGGUUGGGGCAGGAGCUCUACUUCUUCUCUGUGUGCUCUUCAUCUUAUUCUUCUCAUCCUCCAAAAUGUAUAAGGAAAAAAACCAACUGCCCCCAGGACCCUCUCCCUCGUUCUUUCUGGGGAACAUCCUGCAGAAAGAUGUCUUACCUCUCUCCAAAUGCUAUCGCAAGCUCCUUGAAAAGUAUGGGCCUAUCUUCACUGUCUGGAUGGGGGGAAAGCCGCUGGUUGUGCUCUGUGGAUAUGAAGUGGUGAAAGAUGCUUUGCUGAGUCAUGCUGAAGAGUUUGGAGGGCGUCCUAUCUUCCCCAUCCACGAUAGAUUGUGCAAGGGUCAAGGCUUCCUGGGCACCAGAAAUGCAACAAAAUGGAAGGAAUUGCGCAGGUUUAGCCUUUCCACCCUUCGGGAAUUUGGCAUGGGGAGGAAAACAAUGUCUGAGAGGGUGCAGGAAGAAGCUCUUUUCCUGGUGAAGGAAAUGGAUGCCACACAAGGGAAGCCCUUUGAUCCAAAAAGAAGCAUCACAAGUGCUCUUUCUAAUGUGCUGUGUUCUGUUCUCUAUGGGAAGCGCUUCGACUAUGAAGAUGAGAACUUCCAGAAGAAGAUGUGCAUUGUGGAUGAACGACUUCACUUCAUGCGUGGUUUUAUGGGGAUUGUGUACAGUGCUAUGCCCCAAAUAAUGGAAUGCCUGCCUGGACAACAUUUCAAAAGCUUUGCUGAUACGGAAACGCUUUGUGACUUCAUCCGUGAGACGGUGGAAUCCCACCGGCAGACGCUGGAUCCUCAGAACCCCCGUGACUAUAUUGACUGCUUUCUAAUGAGGAUGGAGAAGGAACAAAACUCUCCCGAGAACUUCUACAGCACUGAAGACCUUGUCAUGAGUGUGUUUACACUCUUUUUUGCAUCAUCAACAGCUCCAAGAGAUGCCUUACUCUUCAGCCUCCUGGUGAUGGUUAAGUUUCCACAUAUUCAAGAAAAAGUCCAACAGGAGAUUGAUGAUGUGGUUUGCGCCAACCGUGUCCCUGGCAUGGAAGACCGGGUGAGGCUGCCCUUCACCAAUGCCGUUAUCCAUGAGACUCAACGAUACCAAAUAUUCAGCACUGAGAUUUUUCCACGUGAAAUGACUUGUCAUAUAGAAUUCAGGGGCUACAACUUCCCUAAGGGCACUUCUGUACUUCCACUCUAUACAUCCGUGCAUUACGACCCCCUCCAGUGGGAGACUCCAGAAGAGUUUAACCCGGACCAUUUCUUGAAUGAGAAGGGCCAGUUCAGGAAGAGAGAUGCCUUCAUGCCUUUUUCAGUUGGAAAACGGUAUUGCCUUGGGGAAGCACUGGCUCGGGUGGAGCUUUUCCUUUUCUUCAGUAUUCUGCUCCAGAAAUUCACCUUCCAGCUGGUUGGAGAUGUCAAAAAUAUGGAUGUAUGGUCAUUGUAUAUGGCAUAUAAAACAAGCAAGCAGCACCCCCAAAUUCAAGCCAUUAGACGUUCAGUGUGA